AUGGUACGUGGACCCCGGAAGCAUUUGAAGCGUUUGGCCGCCCCAUCCUCAUGGAUGCUCGACAAAUUGUCAGGUACCUACGCUCCCCGCCCAUCUGCUGGUCCUCACAAAUUGCGUGAAUCCUUGCCAUUGGUCGUCUUGUUGCGCAACCGUCUCAAGUACGCUUUGACAGGUCGUGAAGUUACCGCCAUCACUCAACAAAGAUUGAUCAAGGUUGACGGUAAGGUUCGCACUGAAAACACAUACCCUACCGGUUUCAUGGAUGUCGUUUCCAUCGAAAAGAGUGGUGAACACUUCCGUAUCUUGUACGAUGCUAAAGGAAGAUUCGUCGUUCACCGUAUCACCGCCGAAGAAGCUUCAUACAAAUUGCUCAAGGUCAAGAAGGUUCAAUUGGGUGCCAAGGGUGUUCCACAAAUCGUCACACACGAUGGACGUACCAUCCGUUACAACGACCCAUUGAUCCGCGUCAACGACACUGUUCGUUUCGACUUGGAAAACCAAAAGUUGCUCGAAUUCACCCACAUGGACACAGGAUCAAACGUCAUGGUCACUGGUGGUCGUAACCAAGGUCGUGCUGGUGUUAUUGUUGGUCGUGAACGUCACCCUGGUGGUUUUGACAUUGUCCAUGUUCAAGACACUUUGGGCCGUCAAUUCUCUACCCGUUUGAACAACAUCUUUGUCAUUGGUGAAGGCGGUAAGCCAUGGAUCUCUAUGCCAAAGGGAGGUGGUAUCAAACUCACAAUCGCUGAAGAACGUGACAACCGUCGCCGUCAACGUGAAGCACAAAACGCAUAA